UAGUAGCCUGCGCCAGCCAGCCGACGUGGCUCGGUUGUACCUGGCUCAACCAGCACUCGGGGAGCUUUCGCUUCCCGUUUGCAGGGCCUGUCGACGCGCCCGACACGUGGCAGUCCCGUCGUAUGUGACGUGGCUGUUUCGUUGCUGGAGGACGAAGUGUGGGCAGGGGAAGUGCUGGCGGAUUAAGUGAUUCUCAUUUUUCGCGACGCGAUGGAUUCGGCGGGGACUCUUCAACAAGAUGCGGCGGACUGGCUUGACGUCUUGGGGGCGGCUCAUCAGCAGCUGCAGGCGACGGUGGGUGAGCUGACUCAGCGCUCGCAGGAGCAGGCAGCGUUGGAAGGGGGUGGGCUCUCCUUGUCUGCAUGGGUAGCUUCCCGUUCACAAAUUUUGUUGGACAUCGUUUGGGAGAUAGAGGAGUUGGAGGAGAUGUUAGUUUCUGGGCCUCAUCCUUCUCUGGAUUGGCGCCAGGUGGAGGCCGAGCUGGCAGUUUGCAAGGCCCUUUAUCGCCAAGGGCGUGACGUGUGUAAUCUCUUGGAGGAUUGGUCUUGUGAGAUGGACGCAGGGCGGCCGCUCAUGCCGGAUGGUGCUUCGCCUGUAACGUUUGCGGCCGCUGAUCGGACUGUGCUGGCGGCUUGUACCUCCUCUCCCAUCACGAAUGACACCGACAUGUUCAGCUUUAACUAUCGGUCCAACAACAACGACUUCAUCAAUAAUUGCUGCUACAUCACGAACGUCGGCGGCAUUCCCGCCAACUACACUUGCUACAACUAUCACUACUUUACUUCCACCACUUCUCACACCGGCAUCGACUCGCCAGCGGAGGGCGCGGAGGCUGCCAGGCUGGCAUGGGCGACACCCGUCAUUGUAGGGAUGUUGCUUGGUUGGCCGCGUACGGGAAUUGGUUGGUUGUUGGGGUGGGGCUGAUUAGGGUUGACGGGUCGCCUGGGUGGCAGUUUUCGGCGUUCUGUUUGCUGUUUCUUUUAUUUUAAUUUUUUUACGUAUCUGCGUUGUUGAUUGUCGGUGACUUGCGUUACAAUGCCCAGUGGGCUUACUCCUGCUUUGGACAUGCCAUUCGUUUGACUACUGAGACCUUACACCUGGCCGGGCCUCCUCAUGCUACCUGCUUUGUGUUUCUCUAUAUGUGUUUCUCGAUAUAGCCGGCUCUCUGCAUCAUAGAUAGUAGGCUAAUGCAUCUACAAUGGCCCUGGGGCCUGCUUACAUGCUUUCUUCAUGUUUCUGAUUUGAGACGGUAGGAUAUAAUUGCAGCAGGUUAAUCCUCCUCUGGUAUGGGGAAGUAAUCAAUGCCUCUGCAUCUA